UAUAAAUACAUUUAAGUUGCAGCAGGUUCUCUUCAAAAUAAAAUAAGUUGCAGAACAGACCAGGGAGAGGAAGAAGCUUAGAAACUAAAAGAAGAAGAAGAAAAUGGGUGAAGCAGAUGGGUUUAGCAAAGAUAAGAGAUGGAAUCUUCAAGGCAUGACUGCAAUUGUUACCGGUGGAACCAAAGGGAUCGGGUAUGCAAUUGUGGAGGAAUUAGCUGGACUCGGAGCAAGAGUACAUACAUGCUCUCGAACUAUAACCGAGCUCAACGAUUGCUUACUCGAGUGGGAGGCAAAGGGUUUUCGAGUUACAGGUUCAGUCUGUGAUGUUUCGAAUCAAGCUCAAAGGGAAAAGCUAUUAAACGCAGUGUCCUCUGAGUUCAAUGGGAAGCUUAACAUCCUGGUAAACAAUGUGGGACUAAGUAUGGGGAAACCGGUGUCGGAUUACACGGCGGAAGAUAUUUCAAAGCUGACGAGUAUCAAUUUUGAAUCAGCUUAUAACAUUAGUAUAUUGGCACGUCCCCUUUUGAAAGCUUCACCCGAUGCAAGCAUUGUGUUUAUUUCUUCAGUUGCUGGUAUAUUACCUGUAUCUUUUGCACCUGUAUAUGGAGCCAACAAAGGGGCCAUGAACCAUCUUGCAAAAUACUUGGCAUGUGAUUGGGCAGGAGAUAAUAUUAGGGUUAAUACUAUUGCACCUGGAGUAAUCAAAACUCCCCUUAGUGAACAAUUUUUCGAUGAGAAAGAUGAAAGAUUAAAGGAAACCAUAAACCGAACACCAUUAGGACGGCUUGGCCAGCCGAAGGAAGUGUCGGCUAUGGUGGCUUUCCUGUGCUUACCGGCGGCUUCCUAUUUAACAGGGCAGAUUAUUUGUGUUGAUGGUGGGAUGACAGUGAAUGGCUUGAACUUUCCUAAAUAAAUCACAGCCGUGAGCCAGCUCUCAUGAAAAUGUGGUGAUUAAAUAAGACGAGCUAUGAAGCUAGAGGAUUCAUAGCCGGUGAAGUUUUUAAUAUUAAAAUAUUUUACCUUUUGUAAAAUGUUAUAUGAAAUAAAAUAUUAUAUUAAUUAUAAAAAUACCAUAUAUUAAAAA